CCUCAAACGAGGCAUUGAUACCGUCAUCAUCCAUUAUCAGCGAGCUUGCUCAUGUCUUCGGUAUAGUUGCGCUUUGGAGGAACUUCAUCGUUCGAUACCUUGCGAAUCAACCAAAGACUGAUCCCAAAACGCACUGCUGUUCUUCCUGUCCAAAAUGGUGAAGAUAUUUGUUGGCAAUGUAGCUUCAGCGACCACAGAAGACGAGCUCCGUGCUUUGUUUGAGAAGUACGGUGCCGUGUCCGACUGUGACAUUCUGAAAAACUAUGGCUUCGUGCACAUGGAUGAGGAAGAGGCGGCGCAGAAAGCCGUCUCCGCUUUGCACAAGCAAGAGGUCAACGGCUCCCGCAUCACCGUCGAGUACGCCACCACCAAGGUACGCAAUGCCACCAAGAUCUACGUGGGCAAUGUUCCCGACGGCGUCACCGCUGCCAAAAUCAAGGAGCUCUUCCAGCCAUUCGGCAAGGUGGUGGAGUGCGAUAUUGUGAAGAAUUAUGCAUUCGUUCACAUGCAGAGGGAAAGCGAGGCUCUGGAGGCCAUUUCAAAGCUUAACCACUCCAAAUUGGAGGGCCAAAAGGUCUUUGUGUCCCUUUCACGCAGUAACCCAUCCAGAAAUGACCGAGAGGAGGACUAUUUUCCUCCUCCGCCGCAUCACUAUCCACCUCACCCACACCACCAUCCUCACUUUGUCCCCCCACGCCCGCCGCCCCGUGAAUACUAUCCGCCUCGUGGCCGACUUCCACCCCCUCCUCUCCCACCGCCGCCACCCCGUGCCUACUAUGAGCACGAUGUGUACGAGAGGAGCCUUCGCCACGACCCGUAUGCUGACCCAUCCCCACGUUUUUACGAUCGGGAUCCAUACGACCGGCGCAUUCCUCUCCCUCAGCGGCCGGUCACGCCUCCUCUCGCCGAUCGCUACUACCGUGAGCGCAGUCCUCUUGGCGGUCGCCGCUCUCUCCUGCCUCCGCCUCCCCCUCCACCCUCUUCUGCCGGCUUUUCCCGGGGUUUCGCCCGCAAUGGCGCUAGCUCUGUGCCCCCUCCCCCUCCCGCCGCUCCUUCCUCUCACUAUCAGCGCUACUCUCUUGGCUCAGGCUUUGAUAAGGAUGAUUAUUUGGAGGACAAGUACAGCAAUGGCUUCAGCCGUAGCUACUACUAAGCGUUGAAGUUUGUCCGUCCCCUUAUUUUCGAGGAGCUGAGUAAUCUAAGAGGGGCUUACCAUCAGGGAGUUAGGGGUGAUUUUUUUUUUUUUGUAAUAUUCUGUGAUAGUUGUAGCGAUUUUAGAUAUAACGGGUCAAUCAGCUAAUACUGUACUCAUUUAACUAAUAAAUUUACCUCCGCCCGAUGAAGGAACAGCAAAUAGGAAGUUAAAUAAACAUGAGUUUUAUAGCAUGUUAUGAUGCAUUAUAUUUGCCAGGCAUAUCGGUUUGACUAUUUUCUUAAAGUAAUUGUACUUUUUUUUUUUCUUCUGCUUUUUAAAAUCAAAUCAUACAUUUUAAGUUCAUUUUACUCUGGCAUGCACUUCGAAAAUACAAAA